CUCCGCCCCGGCGCGGCGGGUGAGGUCAGUGCCGUGCGCCGGUGCCGCUCUCCGCCCCCUGCCGCCCCGCUGGCCCGGGCUGCAGGCGAGGCCCCGCCGCAGAGCGAGGAGGAGGAGGCGCCGGGAGCGCUGAGCUGCUGCCGCCCCGCCGAGCCCCGCGAGGGAAGGCGCUCGCCCGCAGCCAUGGAGCUGGCGGACGGCGUGGUGUAUCAGGAGGACCCCGGCGGCCCCGGCCCCGCCAUGAUGUCGGAGCGGGUGUCGGGGCUGGCGGGCUCCAUCUACCGCGAGUUCGAGCGGCUGAUCGGGCGCUACGACGAGGAGGUGGUGGCCGAGCUGAUGCCGCUGGUGGUGGCCGUCCUGGAGAACCUCGACUCGGUGUGCGCCCACAGCCAGGAGACCAGCGUGGAGCUGGAGCUGCUGCGGGACGACAACGAGCAGCUCCUCACGCAGUACGAGCGGGAGAAGGCGCUGCGCAAACAGGCCGAGGAGAAAUUCAUCGAGUUUGAAGAUUCUCAAGAACAAGAGAAAAAGGAUUUACAGACCAGAGUGGAAGCAUUAGAAUCACAAACUCGACAGCUUGAACUCAAGGCAAAAAACUAUGCUGAUCAAAUUAGCAGACUUGAGGAAAGGGAAGCAGAACUCAAGAAAGAAUACAAUGCACUUCAUUCAAGACAUACAGAGAUGAUUCACAAUUAUAUGGAGCACUUGGAAAGAACUAAACUUCAUCAGCUAACAGGGGGUGAUCAGCUAGAAUCCACGCCACACAGUAGAAUUAGAAAGGAACGUCCCAUAUCACUGGGCAUCUUCCCACUGCCUCCAGGAGAUGCACUGCUUACACCUGAAACUCAGAGAGAAGCAGGGGAAACUCCUGCAUCCGAGCACUGGAAAUUCCCUGAGCUGAGCCAGCCACGGUCCCACACCAGCCUAAAGGAUGAGCUCUCUGAUGUUAGCCAAGCAGGCUCAAAAUCCACUACUCCAGCAUCCACAGCUGCUUCAGAUGCACAGGUACUGCCUGCUGAAACUCCUCAAAAGGAAGAUGUUGAAGGGCUUGCAAAGGACACCAAUAUGCCAAAUGAGAAGCUGGAUGCUGGCAAGAAUAUGGAAGUACAGGUAGCUCAAGAGACAAGAAAUGUGUCCACUGGUGGAAAUGAAAAUGAAGAAAAAUCUGAAGUUCAGGCAAUCAUUGAGUCAACUCCAGAGUUGGAUAUGGAUAAAGAUCUCAGUGGAUAUAAGGGUUCCAGCACUCCUACAAAAGGCAUAGAGAACAAAGCAUUUGACCGAAAUACGGAGUCACUCUUUGAAGAGCUGUCAUCUGCUGGCUCUGGCCUGAUUGGAGAUGUGGAUGAAGGUGCAGAUUUACUGGGAAUGGGUCGUGAGGUUGAAAACCUUAUUUUGGAAAACACUCAGCUGUUGGAGACAAAAAAUGCACUGAAUGUAGUGAAGAAUGAUUUGAUAGCAAAGGUGGAUGAAUUGACCUGUGAGAAGGAUGUACUACAAGGUGAAUUAGAAGCUGUAAAACAAGCAAAACAAAAGCUUGAAGAGAAGAACAAGGAACUGGAAGAAGAGCUGAGAAAAGCUCGUGCAGAAGCAGAGGAAGCAAGACAGAAAGCUAAAGAGGAUGAUGAUAGUGAUGUCCCCACGGCUCAGCGGAAGCGUUUUACUCGUGUGGAAAUGGCCCGGGUGCUGAUGGAGAGAAAUCAGUAUAAGGAGAGGUUGAUGGAGCUUCAGGAAGCUGUCCGAUGGACUGAGAUGAUCAGAGCAUCAAGAGAAAAUCCAGCCAUGCAAGAAAAGAAGAGAUCAAGCAUUUGGCAGUUUUUUAGCAGGCUCUUCAGUUCAUCUAGCAAUACAGCUAAGAAACCAGAGCCUCCUGUCAAUGUCAAAUACAAUGCUCCAACCUCACAUAUUACUCCAUCAGUGAAGAAAAGAAGCAGCACCUUAUCUCAGUUACCAAGUGACAAAUCUAAAGCCUUUGAAUUCCUCAGUGAAGAAACUGAAGCCAGUCUGGCCUCACGCAGAGAGCAGAAAAGAGAGCAGUAUCGCCAGGUGAAAGCACAUGUUCAGAAGGAGGAUGGGAGAGUGCAAGCAUUUGGCUGGAGUCUACCUCAGAAGUAUAAACAGGUGGCAAAUGGUGGACAGGGUGAAAAUAAGAUGAAGAACUUGCCUGUACCUGUUUACCUGAGACCUUUAGAUGAGAAGGAUACCUCUAUGAAGCUGUGGUGUGCUGUAGGGGUGAACCUAUCAGGAGGGAAAACACGAGAUGGUGGCUCUGUGGUUGGUGCUAGUGUGUUCUACAAUGAUGUGACUGCUGUGGAUGCAGAUGGCAACAAGCAGCAAACAGGAUCUCAGAGCAGCUUAGAUAAACUAGAACAAGAGCUCAAGGACCAGCAGAAGGAGCUGAAACACCAAGAAGAAUUAUCCAGUCUAGUUUGGAUCUGUACAAGCACACAUUCUGCUACAAAAGUUAUCAUUAUUGAUGCUAAUCAACCAGGAAAUAUUCUGGACAGUUUCAUUGUUUGCAAUUCUCAUGUUCUUUGUAUUGCUAGUGUACCAGGUGCAAGGGAAACAGACUAUCCUGCAGGAGAAGAAGGAGCUCAAGAGGCAGAUCCCAGUCAGGUGGAUAAGUCAUCUCUGUGUGGCAGCAUGACCAGCAACAGCUCUGCUGAAACAGACAGCUUGCUGGGAGGAAUCACAGUGGUGGGCUGUACUGCAGAGGGGAUCACAGCACCACCUGUAGCUCAUGAUGCAAAUGGUGGCUCCCCAAUGGCAGAUAAACAGUCAGAUUCUGCAACUGAAAAUAAUUCAGUAGAUGAAAAUAUUCCAACAGCAGAGGAGGCAACAGAAGCAACAGAAGUCAAUGCAGGGACAGGAGAAGACACAGGUGAUAUAGCACAAACUGGAGUCUACACAGAGCAUGUCUUCACAGAUCCCCUAGGAGUGCAGAAUACAACAGAGGCAUCUCCUGUGUACCAGCCCAGCACUGAAUCAGAGUUAUAUAAAGAUGUUUCAGUUUUGCCAAAUGAGCAAGACCUAGUGAGAGAAGAAGCACAGAAAAUGAGUAGCCUUUUACCGACAAUGUGGCUUGGAGCCCAGAAUGGAUGCCUGUAUGUUCAUUCGUCAGUGGCCCACUGGAGGAAAUGUGUUCAUGCCAUUAAACUUAAAGAUUCUAUUCUCAGUAUUGUACAUGUCAAAGGAAUAGUAUUAGUUGCACUAGCUGAUGGAACACUAGCAAUAUUUCACCGAGGAGUUGAUGGGCAGUGGGAUUUGACGAAUUAUCACCUCUUGGACCUGGGCCGACCACAUCAUUCAAUAAGAUGCAUGACAGUGGUACAUGACAAAGUUUGGUGUGGCUACAGGAACAAAAUCUAUGUUGUUCAACCAAAGGCUAUGAAAAUAGAGAAGUCAUUUGAUGCACACCCAAGAAGAGAAAGCCAAGUGAGGCAGCUGGCAUGGGUGGGUGAUGGGGUGUGGGUCUCUAUUCGCUUGGACUCCACCCUGCGGCUCUAUCACGCGCACACUUAUCAGCAUCUACAAGAUGUGGACAUUGAACCUUAUGUAAGCAAAAUGCUAGGUACUGGUAAACUGGGAUUCUCAUUUGUGAGAAUCACAGCUCUUAUGGUGUCUUGUAAUCGUUUAUGGGUAGGAACAGGAAAUGGUGUCAUCAUCUCCAUUCCAUUAACAGAAACUAACAAAGCAGCAGCAGGCUCUGGAAACCGUCCGGGAAGUGUAAUCCGUGUGUAUGGUGAUGAAAACAGUGACAAAGUGACUCCAGGGACAUUCAUCCCAUACUGCUCGAUGGCACAUGCACAGCUCUGCUUCCAUGGGCACCGUGAUGCUGUGAAAUUCUUUGUUGCAGUACCUGGUCAGGUUGUUUGCCCACAGAGUAGUGGUGGAACAGAGCUAACAGCUGAUAAACCAUCCCAAGAGUCCUUCAGCCAGAGUCCCUUAAAAUCCAUGUUGGUCAUAAGUGGUGGAGAAGGAUAUAUUGACUUCAGAAUGGGUGAUGAAGGUGGAGAAUCUGAGCUCCUUGGAGAAGCUCUACAACUUGAACCUUCUGUAGCCAAAGCUGAGAGGAGUCACUUGAUAGUGUGGCAAGUAAUGUGUGGCAGUGAGUGAGCCUGUAGGAUGCAGCUGGAGACCUUAAAAAAAAGAAAAUGGAAAAAAAAAAAAAAGCUUCUGCAUGUUUUUUUAUUUUGUGAAACCUGUUUCACUACAUGAUGUUGAAGCCUUUCUUUGCUGUUUAACUUUAUAUUGCAAAUCUGUCAUACUAUACAGGAAUUAGCUUGUGCUGUUUUACUGCACCCGUGUUACAUGGAACAGUUAUAAUGAAAUCAGAUCUUUCUCAAAACUGGUGUGCACAACAUAGUAAGCAACUGAGACAUUAGUUUUACUGUACCACAGCAAUCUAAUGUAGGUCACUUCUUUGGUAGUCUUAAUUUUAAGUUCAGCUUUAUUACAACUGAACUUCAUCUCACUGUAUAAUGCAUUGAGUAAAACAGCAAAGUUAUUCCCAGAAUAUUAAAAAAUGGACAAAUUCUAAGAUGUAUUCUUAAGACUCAUCCAAAUAUUCAGUGAGGGCUAAAGUAAACUGCAAAUUUCAGCUCAGCUUUUCUUUUCAAACCUGGAAAAUCUUAUGUAAUGUAUACGGUUUAAUUUCAGGGAGGGGGAGGUCAGAAAGGAUUGUAUAGGAAUUAUGAUGAUAUUUAAAUAAAAUUACAUGUUUUCACUAUUGAACCUUAAAGUUUGAGAACUGCUGCCCUCAAUAACAAGCAAAUUGGAGCAUAGUGUUUUCCCAUUGACAUGGAACAACUCUGUUUCCAAAGGGUGUUCUUAGGAUGAUUUAAGUUUGAAAGUAAUUGUAAAAUUCUUGAGCAGGGGAUAUGUUUUGUUCUUUUCUUGUCUUAAACCCUUAUGUCCUAAACACUAGAAUGAUCUUCUCUGCUUAGCUGGUCAAACUCAUGAGGCACUACAUGUGUGAAGGUUAGAGACCUUGAUUAGAGCAUGAGAAAAGAGUGAGAGUGUACAGGAAAAAUGCUUUCUGCCCAAGUGAGAUGGUAAAGGAAUUUUAGUGCCAGAUAAUUAGUUACAAAAUGUAUUUUUUAUAGUUGCAGUACCCCAGUUUUAGUUUAAAAAAAAAAAAAAAGAGUUUAGUAACAAUAUUAGCAGGUAACACUAGGACUGAGUAAAUUAAUGAAAGUCAGGAGACUCUAAUAUUAGGCUGACAUUCUGUCUACUCACCAUCUAUUUUUUUUAACCAUAAGUGUGAGUUGAAGACUGUCUUCCUUUCCUACAUUAGUAUCAGACCUAAGUUAACCACAUCAUGAAUCUGUACUUCAGAAUAUUUUUAAAACCCAGUUUUCUUCUUUCAUUUAGUCUCUGGAAAGUGGAAGUUCUGAGGGGGUUUAGUAAGCAUCCAGCAUUUGCCCCCAGAAGACUGGGACUAUUCUGUUCAGAUUAGCAGAGCAAUUUAGUAACUUGAUUAUGUGAGAACUGAACAAUUUCAGAGGAAUAAAUAGAGAAACACUUUUUUAAAACUGCCUAAACAUUUUUAUGCAAUAGGAGCAGUUCUGGUCUAUCAGGCAAACAUGUGUUUAUAUAUUUUCUUAAUUUUUUAAAUGAACACAUUUAGCUGAGGUCUAUUGUGUAAAUAUAUAUUUAGGCAGCUUUUUCAAAUGCAUAUCAUAGCUGAUAAACCAGAAAAACUCCAUUCAGGUGUAUUGGUUAGAUUUAUAUGUAUAAAUACUUUUUAAGCAACAUAUUUUGUACACAGCUGUUCCUCUCGUAAAUAUGUAUUUAGGACAUGAACUAUGUAGUUAAAGAAUCGUUAUUAAAGAUGUCUAAUAUCUUGGUAGUAUUUUUCUCUUCAGAAUGCCAAAAGUGAUGAGAGCAUGUUGUUCAUAAUUUGCUUUCCAAAUUCACCUUUAACCUCACUCUUAAAGUACUUUGGCUUCAAUAUAAAGUCUGGGAGCUUUUUAAAACUUAUACAAAUACAGAAGAUAAACUGGCUGAACACUUGUAGACCUAUUUAAAACUUAGGCUUCAACUAUGCUGAACCUGAAGCACAUCUGAAUUAACUUAAGCAAUUGGAUGUCUAAGAAAAAUGCUGUCUAAACUUUUACUGUCGUGCAGAAUCUUCACUGUGAGUGGUGCAGUUUCAUUGCUUCUCCUGCCAUUUUCUUAAAUUUACUUGUUUUUUGCUUUGGAAAACAGAGUCUCCAAAGCUUUUACUCACUGUUUGAUCGUCACAUUCUCAUGUUCUCAGAAAAAAAAAAAGCGCACAAUUCUGUUCCUUUGUUCUUGUAGAGCAUUUUAUUUGUAAUUAGUGAAAAGCUGUUUUUUUUCUGGAGGGCUUUAGUGCUCUCAGAUGGAGCAGUUCAAUCUGGCAAGUGUGUACCUGGUCUUUUGCCAAAUGUAUCUGGUCCACCCUGCCAUUUAAGUCACCUCAAUGGGCCAACUCUUGCAAAUUUCUCAGAGAAUGAUUCUUCCUGUCCAAAAGUGGAAGAGUUUUUAAGGAAAUCAGUAGGUUAACGACGUACCACUGUGGGUGUAGAUAAAAGGCGUGUGCACUUCUCUGUAUUUCUCAUUUAAAAACUUUAUCCCCUGUCCUAAGGUACAGUAGAUUAAAUGGUCCCUGUUGUCAUCACAGUGCCCUGGGACUUCUAAACUCUCCUGAAGGUCGCUUUGAAUGGUGAGCAGAGCAAGUGAAGCCUCGGGCACUGAGCUGAUGAUACACUCCUCCAAAUCAGUCUCAAGAAUGCGUUUAUGCAUACACUCAUGUGAUUAAAAGCAUCAUAUAAAUAGGAGCUCUUGAUAGCUACAGCUUGUUAAUAGUUUGGAAACAUUUCGAGCACAAAAUAUGCAGCACAUUACUUGCCUGGGUAAGGGUGUUUGCAUGGUGAAGGUGACACACAUUGUGUAAGCUGCUGCAUUGUCCAUUUCUUGUCAAGGUCUUCCUGAGUUGGAUCAGAUAGAGCUGGCAGAGCGUAGACACUUUAUCAUAGGCUGCCUUAGUAACAAACAAAUGUUAAAUCUCUUUUAUUAUACUAACUGUUCUAAAGAACGUGUGUCUUUUAAAAUGCUGUGUAACUGAAUAUUUAUUUCCAUGUGAGUAUUAUAAAAGUUACCAAAGGAUUAAACCUGACUUAGCACUCUUGUAAGUGACCCCGUCAAGGCAGGGUCUUGUGAAGGCCCUGCUCUGUAAAACAAGACACAGUAAACUCAAAUAUGGUUCUUUAGGGAAAUUCCAUGGUUUUUCUAACAGGGUUAUGCCAUAUUGUAACGACUUCUGUUGCACCUCAAAGCAUUUUUCUAUACACUAAAUGUCUUUCCCGCCCUCUAACAAGAUUAAGUUUCCUUUAUUAAUUUUGUUGAUGCACAUUUCUCAAUCUUUUAAACAUAUAUUUUAAACAUUUUAUGGUCUGUAAUUUUUGAAAGGUUUGUCUGUUGGACACUUUACGCUGAAUUUUGCCUCUGUAAUCCAGGAUGGAUACUACAGCGUUAAACUUGCUGUCUGUUCAAACUUGAGGCUUCUUUUCUGUGAGCAGAAAAGCUCAUAUAGCAGUGUAGUUAUUUCAGUAUUUAUUUCUAUUAUUGAAUCCAUGGGGUUCAGAAUGUAACUUUGUACAUGAAAUAUAUAUAAAUAUGUAUAUGAAACAUG